UUCAGGCAAAAUGGUCUGGCGUGAGGACAGAAUAUGGAACAACUCAUUUUGUUGAUUAUAUGCACACUGAACUGAAGGGAAUGCUCGAUGAAUUUGAAGUCAUCAUUAGUCGCUGGCCGAUAUAUUCAUCUCCUUUGGAGAAUGUUAUCGCGGAUGUUGAAAAGGCAAUCAUCGAAGCUUUGGACAGGCACUAUGAUGAUGUUUUAUCGCCGCUGAAGGAUAAUCUGACAAACAAAACAUUAGGCUUCAAAUAUGUCCAAAAAUUAUCCAGACAAAGCAUUAGCACAUAUUCGGUCCCAAAUGAGUUAGGAAUUCUUUUAAAUUCCAUGAAGAGGACGCUCGAUGUGCUGUGGCCCCAUAUUGAAAGCCAGUUGAUGUCUCGGAGUUCUUGCAUCCGCGAUGGAUAUGCCACAGGCGAACAUCUUAAUGACGUAUCUGCUCUACUCAGAACCAAACUUAGAACCUACCGACUAGCCAUUGUCGAGAAGCUUUAUGAGAAUACUAGAGUUCGUAACAAAACAAAGCUGAAGAACAUUAUUCAACGCUCAAAGGCAGAGAAAUCAGUUGUUCAAAGCAGAAUGAAGCCUUUGGAGGUUCUUUUGCGGGAGAUGAUUGAUCAUCUCCAUACUGUUGUUGAUCCUACCGUGUUUGUAGAACUCUGCCGAGAGUUCUGGGACCGGUUGGGGCAGGAUGUACUGCAUAUCUCGGAGGAUAAGAAAGAGGAGUACAAAGGCUUGCGCGUGGCAGUUUCUCUAAGUUUCUCUUCAGCCAACCUGGAUGACAUAUUUGCAUCAGAAAUGCAAAGACUACGCAGGAACUCGUUGAAAGAAAGAGACUUGUCGCCACCAGGAUCGAUGGAAGAAGUACAUUCCAUGCUGAAAGAUGUUGUACGUAUGUAACAUGGAGAAAUACAGUCAUCAGCUACGAUUUUUUAUGCGUGCGCAGUGUGUACCGAACAUAGAAGACGACCUUAUUUGAUUUCAUUUCCAAUGAAGAAGAAGCGCUGGCCAGUGGCAUAACUAAGGAGACAACACGAGCACAAAGUUCCGAGUAACGAAUUUUGACAUGGCAAAAACUUUGUCAAAUUUUGAGUCUGAGUUGUAUGUUGAUUUCAUAGGAUGCCCACCAUGGCCUUCAUGGUGGUUGUAAAUACAGUUCUUCCUUCCAUACAGUCUCUGCAGUAUAUUUACAAGGUUGUAAAUGUGUUAGGUUCUAAAUCUACAACACACAAUUCUGCCUGAAGAGCUUAAAUGAAAACAGGAGAUGAAUGUUUGAAAGGGGGAUUAAAAAUGCCCUAUUACCGUAA